GACCUUAGGGAAUCAACCACCAUCUCCUCCAUGGUUUUAUCUGUAUUGAUCUGAAGGUAGUUCACUCUGCGACUCUGUGAACAGGUGCUCCAGCGCCGCUGACGAUAGCUCCGGACGUGCAGCUCCACAAACUAAAAGGUGCGCCAAAAUGUCACGUGGGAUUCAGGGAAGUCUCCACAGCUGUAUUUCCUCUCCAGAAACUUUGUUAUAAAGCGAAGCUACGUUUCCAUAUUCACCAUGAGCGACGCGGACUCAGAACAAUACUCAAAACUGCGAUGGCUUUUAACUGCUGCCGGGCUCGUCUUGUACGUGGGGGACAUGUGGACGGACAUCGGAGUGGGGCUGAAAUAUUUCCAGGAGGAACAAUACGUGUGGAGUGGGCUGACUCUGAUGUUUGUACUGUCUGGGCUGUUUGUGACUCAGAUCUUCAGCUGCGUCUGGUACUGGGAGGACAUGAAUGACCCUUUGCUAAACCCAGAGGGGAAACUCACCAUAUUAGGCUUGUCAAAACGUGGCCUUGCUGUCCUGCAUGUGUUCGGCAUGGGCAUCUUCACCAGGUAUUAUGACCUGUUGACAAAAGGCUACAGAUUUGUUUGGUCAAGAAGCGAUUCCUGUAAAACGGAGAAGAUGGGACACAAGCUGUUCUGCAUGGCCGCAGACCUGAGCAUGCUCAAACUGUUCGAGUCCUUCCUGGAGAGUGUCCCCCAGCUCCUUUUGCAGCUGUACGUGCUACUCAGCCACGACGAGUUCUCGUGCAUACAGUAUUUAUCCGUGACCUUCUCCUUCUUCAAUGCUUCCUGGGCGCUGGUGGACUAUCGCCGCUGCCUGCGCAGAUCUCUCCCCCACGUGAAAGAGAUGCCCUCUGGCUUCCCGACAGCGGUCUACCUCCUCUACAAACUUUGCAGCAUUACCAGCCACCUCCUCAGCUACAGCUUCCUCCUCAUACUGAGCUUAUACACGACCGUAGGCCUCACCGUCAUCUGGCUGGGGGCGACGAUAUGGACGCAUUUGAUUCCAACCAAUUUCUGCUCGUCCAGAUUACUUGAACUCCUCUACCGGGCAGUCACGGGAGUCAUCUUCAUAUUCACCUUCUUCAACGUAAAAGGACAGGACACUAAAAUACCCAUGACCAUCUAUUAUAUUUUCUACUGCGUCGUGAACGCUGCGUCUCUGGUGCUGGUGGUGUUCUUAAAGCCGGAGCUGCUGUUGAGCACAUUCGCACUGGUAUCCUGCGGUUUAAUCAUCGGCAGCACGCUGCUGGGGAUGUUGUGCCUCGUGUCGUACUACCUCUGCCUGCACGAAGGAGGGUACAAGCUCGAGGAGGACGAGAUGGACGGUCCGGUUCUAAAAGUCAGCAACAAGAGUAGCAAUGUUUUUUCAACACGAGUGAAGAUUUUAUACACUCUCUAAGACUGGCUACAGCGAGAGGACGGAGAAACACGCGCGUUGGGAAUCGGAAACUACGAGAGGCCGUACACGUACGUGAAAUGCUGUUUUCACAUUAUGUCACUGUGUGUGCUGCUGUUUGUUGUCCAUGCUCAACUGUAACGUGGGGAAUGUGUUUUUAUUGCACUUGAUGUGAAGGGAGAGCUUCACGACUAUAACUUACUUAAAAUACAUAUUUAUUCUUAACUUAUUUAUACUUGUAAUUUGUAAUUUGUUCUAUUCUAUAAAUCUAUUGUUUAUGCGUCUUAAGGCCAAGACAUAAUAAUGGUAAAAUAAUAAUAAUACUUCUAGAUGAAGUAUUAUGUGAUAUUCAAAGAGAAACUUUUCACGACUAUUCAAAGAUUCAAAUUCACUUCUCAUGUUUGUUUAUGGCUUGAAGCUCUUUCUAGCAUCACAGCUAAAAGCAGCUCUUCUAGUUUCCCUCUUUGAAUAACUAUUACGAAUUGCUACCCCUAGUGCUGGUACUAAGAGUUACUUCAUUUCCUACAGGCGCAGAAGGUAUAUGCUAGCUGGCCGUGUGCAAGGUUUUUAUUUCAGACACAAGUGACGCAAGGCUACGUUAAAACUGGUCUUUGUUGGCAGUAGUUCUCCCUAGUGUAUAGCUAGGAAAGCUACUGCACGAGGUUAAUGCUUCAGUUAGCAUUCUAUUAUGCUAAUUAAAGCUUGCAAGUGCAUAUGCAAAUUUCAUGUGCGUACUGAUGAUGUGAAGAUAGCCCUCUUCAGACCUUACUGCACACCGCUCCAUACAGCACGCUUGUGGUGCAGUUACAGUAAAGAAAAAAUGAAAAAACUUAUUUUUUUUGAAUACUUCCAAGGUGUACAAGUGCAAGUCAAACGUUUCUAUGUAGUGUUGAGGAUUUUUAUGUUUAAAUUUGUUUGCAAAGUUAUCCAGGUCUUAGUUGAGCCUUCACUUCCUGGUUCUGGAGGCACUAGAGUGACUGUGUUUGUAUGUGUUUAAGCUAGUUAGUUAGCUAGCUUUUGAAUAUUAUUAGCGUGUUUUAUUGAUGUGAUUGUCUCGUUGUCUGUUAUUUCAAAUUAAAAAUAAGUGAUAUUCAAAGAGAA